UGCUUGGGGGUCCUUUCCUGUCUCCGGCCUGUUUGAAGAUGGCGGUGCAGAUCUCUAAAAAGAGGAAGUUUGUUUCAGAUGGCAUCUUCAAGGCUGAGUUGAAUGAGUUCCUGACUCGUGAACUUGCAGAGGACGGAUACUCUGGUGUGGAGGUGCGUGUAACGCCAACGAGGACAGAGAUCAUUAUUCUGGCCACAAGGACCCAGAAUGUCUUGGGAGAGAAAGGCCGUCGGAUCAGAGAGCUGACUGCUGUGGUCCAGAAGAGGUUUGGCUUCCCUGAGGGCAGUGUGGAGCUGUAUGCUGAGAAAGUUGCCACUCGCGGUCUGUGUGCCAUCGCUCAGGCAGAGUCUCUGCGCUACAAACUCCUGGGAGGUCUGGCCGUCAGAAGGGCAUGUUACGGUGUUCUGAGGUUCAUCAUGGAGAGCGGGGCCAAAGGCUGUGAGGUCGUGGUCUCGGGCAAGUUGAGGGGUCAGAGGGCCAAGUCCAUGAAGUUUGUUGACGGUUUGAUGAUUCACAGCGGAGAUCCCGUCAACUAUUACGUCGACACAGCCGUCCGUCACGUCCUGCUCAGACAGGGUGUGCUUGGCAUCAAGGUGAAGAUCAUGCUGCCGUGGGACCCCAGCGGGAAGAUCGGUCCCAAGAAGCCUCUGCCCGACCACGUCAGCAUUGUGGAGCCUAAGGAGGAGACCCUGCCCACCACACCCAUAUCUGAGCAGAAGGGGGCCAAGCCAGAGGUGCCAGUCAUGCCCCAGGGUGCCCCUGUGCCCACCGCGUAAGAGGGUUUUCUUCAGAUGGAAGAACAGAGUUGUUUUUGUGUAUAAAACAAUAAAAUCUGGAAAAU